GCCAUCUUGUGGAACCAAAUGUCGUAAACCCACUUGAUUCCAUCAGUCGUAAGCUCACUGUAGCCUCCCUGCUAGAGGGCUUUAAUCCGCGCGAAAAUGACGGCUGGAGAACAACAAAAGGCCAACGGCCAUGUGGAACCAAGGCCUCGUGUACUCAAGCUUCAGGAUGACGUCGGCUUCCGCACCCUCCCAGACCAGAGUGUGAGACGGCAUUUCCAACAUGGAUUUGCGUUCAACAUACUUUGCAUCGGGGAGACGGGUAUAGGGAAAAGUACUCUCAUGGACUCCCUCUUCAAUUAUUCUUUCGAUCUUCCCCCAUCGACCCACGACCACCCGGAAGUGAAAAUCAUGUCGAAAUCGUUCGAACUCAUAGAGAAUAACGUGAAGCUGAACGUAGGAAUCGUAGAAACCAUGGGAUACGGAGACCAGAUCAACAAGCAGAAAAGUUGCCAAGCCAUAAUCGACUACAUCGACUCGAAGUUCGAAGGAUAUCUCCAGGAAGAACUUCAGAUCAGCAGGAAGCUGAGCACCUUCAGAGAUGGACGCAUCCAUGUCUGCCUCUAUUUCAUAACUCCGACCGGACACGGUCUUAAAGCUCUGGACCUUGUGUGCAUGAAACAACUCGAUUCCAAGGUGAACUUGAUCCCUGUGAUCGCUAAGAGCGACAUUAUCUCCAAGCAAGAUCUCGCGUCCUUCAAGCGGAGAGUCCAGAGCGAGCUCACAAACAGUGGAGUUCAAAUCUACCAGUUCCCCGUGGACGAUCCCAUGUCUCCCCAGGACGCGAAUAGACAGUACAAUUCUCUGAUGCCGUUCGCUGUCAUCGGAUCUCGGGACCUCAUCAGGGUCGGGAGUAAAACCGUGCGCGCUCGCCAGUAUCCGUGGGGUGUAGUCCAGAUCGAAAACGACACCCAUUGUGAUUUCACAAAUCUGCGCGACGCAGUUCUGCGCUACAAUCUUGCUGAUUUAGUCGAGUCCACCCACGUGAAGCACUAUGAGCUCUACAGGCGGAUGAGACUCGUCGCGAUGGGCUUCAACGAUGAAGGAAUCAGCGACUCGAGCACGUUCGAAAGAAAACGUGCCGAGCACCGAGCUGCUCUCCAGAAAAACGAGGAAGACAUGCGGCAGGCAUUCGUGGAUAAAGUAAACCUCAAGGAAGCGGAACUGAAGGCGAAAGAUCAAGCGAUGAACAUGCGGUUCGACGCUCUCCAUAAAGAAUUCAUUAUGCAACAGAAGAAGCUAGAAGAGGAUAAGCUCAACCUCGACGAGAGGAUCAGGGAUCUGCAAAGGAAACGACAAUUGGUUCAACAGCACAACACCAUGACGCUCUCGAAGAGCAAGAAACGAUGAGCUUCCUCAGACCCAUGUUCUGCACGGAUCGCUCACACCACCUGCUCAAGUUUUAGAACAACGACUUCGACGCCUCUGCAUGUCAAUCGGUUUCCUCUAUCCCAGAGAAUCCGUUCAUUUUUUUCUCACAUCACACGUUUCAUCUUAGGGCUAGUUUUUGAGGGUAAAACAAAACUCAUUGUGUUGUAUUGUUUCCUUACACAGUGGAUAUAUCAGUAUUGACGACUCUCUCUCGGCAACGAGGAAUUGUUUCGUAGCCGGUUGAGACGAUGCGUUCGAAUCCCAGACAUCCUUUUCGCCAAACUCCCGAUUUUUGUCAGCAUACAAAAAAUGUCGAGUUCCUCUCGCUAGAUUCCAUCGAUCAAAUCUAUAAUCUCCUGUUUUCGUGCCAAACUCGCUCAGAGGCGUAGAUCAUGAUUCGUGAUCGAGAAUCAAACUAAACGCGAAUUGCCGAUUAUUCCUACCUCCUUCAACGAUGCAUUACUGUCAUACAUUGUCUCUAGAAAAAACCUGACAGAGUAACGUAAUAAUUAGGUAGAGUGGAAGCGAACAAAUAAAUGAGACUGGAAAUCAGACGUGCUCUUUAGGCA